AUGCCGAUUCUCGAUUUACUUGCGUCGAUAACCGGCGAAAAGCCGUCGCCAUCGGCGGCGCCGAAGCCGACCCCUCGCCCCGCCACAACUGUCCUCAAACGGAAAGCGGAUGAUGAGCUUCGCCCGCAUGACGUAAAAGCGCCUCGCGUCGAUGUGGUUACCGAAAGGACAAGCAAACCAGGCGGCACUGAUUCGAAGCCUUCCCCCCGUCUCGCGAACCGGCCGCUCAUCGGUUCGCAGAACAAACUCGUCCCUACUCCGCGACCGACAGUCGAGAAAAAGACGUUGGCCGAGAAGAAAAGCACGACAAGUCUCAGGGUUAAUGGGAAUGGCGCACAAUCCACAAAUGGCAACAAACAGCCGCCUCCUCGGCCAGUGCCUAGUCGACCGAGCCCAACAGACUCCGGCCCGCCGAAAAAGCGGUCGUAUGCGGAGAUUAUGGCGAGAGCGAAAGCCAACUCGGAACAGAGAGAGUCGCUGGGCAAGAUCCAACACAAGACAGUGGAGCGGAACAUGACAAUGAAGGAGCGCAAGGAAAUGAAGGCGGAAGAGGCUCGGAGGGCAAAAUCAGGCGCGAGGAAGGGCGCGAACGGCCGGAAUAGUCCCCCGAGCGCUCGCGGGCCACUCUCGCGAGACGCCCCAAGGCACCCUGGUGCACGGAAUGGUGCAUCUACUGUAUCGACGGCCCCUGGGAAAUCGGCUCCGGCUGAUGAAAAGAAGGUCAAGAAAGCGGCCACAGCGACUACCGGAUACACGGGCACUGCACGUCCUCGGCCGGGUGCGUCCGCAUCAACCAAGUCUGGCGCUUCUGGUCGUCCUGAGUCUGGCGCCCGCCGCGAUCGGCCCCGGUAUGGCGGUCCACUUUCCGCUCCACGUAGAGGGGGCUACGACGAGGAGGACGAUAUGGACGAUUUCAUUGUCGACGAUGAAGAGGAAGAGGCUCAGCCCGGAUACGGCGGGGGUGGUCCCCGAUACCGCUACGAUUCCUAUGACGAAGAGUCGGACAUGGAGGCGGGGCUCACGGAUAUUGAGGAUGAGGAGCAACUGGCCGACCGUCAAGCCAGACGCGAGGACUUGGAGCAGGAGGCGCUCGAGAAACGACUCAAACGGGAGAAGGAAGAGAGGCGUCGUCGAUUCCUUGAAACCACCAAGUCCAAGGCAAGCCGCUAA